GAUUUCAGUCUCACUGAAAUAAAUAUUUGCAAAAAAUAAAAUUUUGGAAUAUUUAUUAUUUUCUAGAAUUUAUAAGAUUUCAUAAUUAAUAAUUAUUUCGUAAUGUAAAAUUAGUCAGGCUGGGUUUUCGAAUAAACGAUUUUGAGAGAGAUCGUAAUUUUGAACUCAGUUUGUCGCAUGUUUAAUUAAUUUAAUUUAAUUGUGAUAAAUUGUGAAUUGUGUCGAAAAAAUGUCACUCUUGUCGUCACUUUGUCUUCCCAGUCACACCCUCGAUACGCCGGGUACACUCUUUGUCGUGGAGCAAGUCGGUCAAAAUAUCGACGCCCAAUUUGCGACACACUUUCUCCUCCGUGACUUCAUUAACCAGCGAGAACAACUCGGUGUGGUCAUUCUCGUCACAACGACACAAUCUGGUCGACAUUGGGGCGAAAUUGGGACAAAGUUGGGUUGGAAUUUGGGCGAGAUGAAGAAAAAUGGAAGUCUCCGUCUCAUCGAUCUUAUCGAACAGGAGUGGACAACCAUCUCAACUGGUGACACAAAUUAUCCUGUCGACACCUGUGACGCCUUAUUCGACACGAUUUCAGCCUCAUUAAGUGAUGUUGGAGCUCAAAAACAAAAUCUUAUCGUCAUUGAAGACCUCUCCGCCUUGCUGUACUCGGAUUUCGGCACGGAGGAAACUUUGAUAAGACUCGUGCUCAAGUUGAAACGUCUCGCCAAAGAACGCAACGCCUCCAUUUUAACCCUCGUCCAGUCGUCGUCAUUGUCACCUUCGUCCGCGGACGUCGAGGGGGCAAGAUUUGCCACCUUGUUAUCUGAAACCUUGGGCGAUGCGGGAAUAACCGUGUCACCACUUUCGACCGGAGCAUCCCCCCAAAUCUCGGGCCAUUUAAGGGUCAAUUGGCGCCGGGGAGGAAGGAGUGAUGACGACAAGAAAGAAUCCGCUUGGCGACCCUGGGUCAAGUGGGCGCAGUACAAGUUGGACGACAGAAGUGUGAAAGUCACCUUCAUCUGAAGACGUUUUUUGUGACGCAUUUUUCAAUCACGGCCUAAAUUACGAUAGUUUUAACCACUUUUCUUUAUUAUUUAGGUCAAUUUCUACUUGUACACAUUUAAUUCAGGACUCAAUAAGAUGCACUACUUUAUAGAGAAAAU